CCUAGUGUUGCGUGGGCUGACUGUUGAAAGUUUUUUCUCACCAGAUCCGUUGUCGAAGCUUUUAUUUUGUGGUUAUCAGUCGGAAAGAUGUUUAAGAAUAAUCAUCAUGACCACAAGCAAAAGGUAGAAGCCAUGAUUAAGAACAUUAAUACAAUUUCUUUGGAGGUGAAGAAGAUGAAAGAACUCUCCCAGAUCCUGCUCUGUGACCUCAAUCUUCAUUUUGGUCAGCCUAAGAAGAUGGAGGACCACAGCGAGGCGGAAGCAAGCCACCCAUUUGAGGAGCCUGGAAUCCCAGAUGUAGCACUUGCUUCCAUCAGAUUAUCUGACUGAAGAGAAUCUGUGUGUGUGUGUGUGUGUGUGUGUGUGU